AUGUCGCCCCAGAUUCCCAUUGUCGUUGGUGUUGGCGAUUUCGUCAAUCGGUCGACUGCCGUCGCCGAUGCGCAGGAGCCCUUGACACUGAUCCUCAAUUCGAUUAAUCUCGCAUUGGAGGACACCGGGCUCGCCCAAGACAAGAAACAGCAACUUCAGGCUGCCAUUGACAGCAUCGAUGUGGUCCGCACGUGGACUUGGCCAUAUGACGACCUACCCGGUGACAUUAGCCGCAGAUUAGGGGUCGAUGCACGACAUAAGUUCUACAGCGAUCACGGCGGAAAUAAGCCUGCCAAGCUAUUCGAUCAAGCCGCCAGGAGAAUCUCGAAAGGGCAGACGAAGGUCGCAGUCGUCACGGGUGGAGAAGCAUUGGCAUCUUUGACUACGUGCGCUAAUGCAAAGAAGCUACCACCGCCAGGAUGGACCAAGACAAAGGAAAGAGUCGACUCUGCCUUUACUCCUACUGGCAGAGAUCUGGGCAAAGAUAUUGGCGCCAUCCACUCGAUAGGAGCCCCCAUCCACGUCUAUCCGCUCUUCGAAAACGGAUUCCGUGCACAUCGCGGCCAGUCAAUACCUGAAAACCACGACGAAUCGUCACAGCUGUACGCCGAAUUCGCCAAAGUGGCGGAAAACAACCCGUAUGCUUGGAAUUAUGGCAAGCCAGCAGCCACGAAGGAGGUCAUCGGGACGGUAACGAAGCGCAACCGCAUGAUUUGCUUCCCCUAUCCACUUCUCAUGAAUGCAUUCAACACCAUCAACCUGGCCGGUGCGUGCAUUCUGACCUCGACCGACUACGCAGAAGAACUGGGCAUUCCCAAGGCAAAGUGGAUAUACGCCCUGGGUGGUGCUGGCACGCAGGACAGUAGCAACUUUUGGGAACGACCGAACUAUUACACGAGUCCGUCCAUCGAACGCUCUAUCGAUGCCAGUCUGCAGGUCUCUGGUCUGACCAAGGAAGACAUCGACCUGUUCGACUUCUAUUCAUGCUUCCCGAUUGUCCCGAAAAUCGCAGCCUCACAUCUGAAGCUGCCAAUAACGCAUGGAAGCAAACCCAUCACUCUCCUCGGGGGACUGACCAGCUUUGGAGGCGCAGGAAACAAUUAUUCCAUGCACGCUAUAACCGAGAUGACGCGACAACUGAGAAAGGGCAAAGGUCGAAAUGGUCUGAUUCUUGCGAACGGUGGCGUCUUGACCUACCAGCAUGUGUUAUGUCUGUCGACGACACGCCGGCGAGGCGGCACACCCUACCCUGACAGAGACCCGUUGCCCGAGUUUGUGACCGACGUCCCUGCUCCGAAAGUCGAUGCCAAGGUCGAAGGGGAACAGGAUGCUGUCAUAGAGACGUACACCGUCGAAUUUAAACGCGACAAUACUCCGCUUCGAGCAUACGUCGUCGGUCGACUGAAGAGCUCCGACCACCGGUUUAUCGCCAAUCACGCGGACGAAGAGACAUUGAAGGAACUGUCGUCUGGGACCGAUGAGAAGAUUGGGCGCACGGGGCGGGUCCAUAACGACGGGAAGAGGAAUCUAUUCACACUGAAGAAGGGCACGUUGGGCAAGUUGUAA